UCCUAAGUCCACCUUGGAUUCAGGAGGCCUUGCGAGGCAUCUGGUGAGGAAGGGGACCAGAGGAUUGAAUUAUGGAUCAAUUAUUAUUAGUUCCUGGGUGGUCCUCUGCCGGCAACAUGUCGACAGCUCUCAUCAUUUCACAGGAAGUCUCAUCCAGAAGGAGAGAAGGAACACCCCUAAAAUGUCAAGAACAUCAAAAAGCAGCUGGUUGAAGAGAGUUUCGUUUUGGCCACAUAAUAGGGUGCACCCUAUAACUGACUCAACUGAAGAGCUCCCUGAGGACCAGCCUGAGGAGCUACCCAUUUCAACGCUGGAGGAAGAGGCUCUGCCCAACUCCAUAGCCUGUGAACAAGCCAGUGAACACGCUCCCCAGGAGCACCUGGUGUUGGAACUGCCCCAGGCCGGGGCUGAGGAUCCGCCUCUGCCACCCCUGGAGGCAGCCGGAGAAGCCAGUGAACGUGGUUUCACUGAGGACCUGCCAGUCAACCCAGCUUGUGACAGGACCGAAGAGACUCCAUAUGUCUCCAAGGUGGCCCUUUCAGAAUGUGAAAAUGACUGCUUCCUGGAAAAUAUUAGCAACAGUGAUGCAGAAGACAACUCAGCCUCUGCAUACGACGAAUACAUGGCAGAUGAUGAGGAUUCAGAGACGGUGAGCAAGAAUACUGAGGUCGCAUACGACUGCUGCCUUGAGACACCAGACGAGUACAUGGCAGAUGAUGAGGAUUCAGAGACGAUGUCAGACAACUCUCUAAUCAGCUCUUUGGAGAACGGCAAAAAUGUGCUCAGUGAUGACAAAAAAGACCAGGAGGAAGUGUGAACGUGGGGCCCGAGUUGAAAAGGCUCUCAGCUGAAUCCCUGAAGACCUGGACCCUAGAGGCGGCGGAGCCCACACAGCACCAGGAGCCUCAUUUGGAUCAGAUUAGGGGAGGCCUCACUGCUUCUUUCCUGAGGGCCCUCAUUUAGUACAGCUUCAGUUGUUUUGUUGUAUAGGUUUUGUAUUAGUUUUAUCUACAAGUUCUGUAUGUAUCUGUAUGUUCAAUGUUUAUCGGUAAGGUUUUUCAUUAAAUUUUUAAAAUCUA